GGUGGCACCCCCACCAAUCUCUCCUCCUCCUCUUGCAUCUCAGCCAUCGCCGAUCUCGCCACCGAUCGCUCCGUCGAUUCCUCGCGCGCGGCCAUUCCGCGGCAUGCGUGCAAUGCCGUCUCCUCCUCCUCCUCCUGCCUCCAUGUCGCUAAUGGCCAGCAGGUGCUACUGCUGCUCGUCGCCAUCGCCUCCGCCGCCGAAGCAGCGGAGAGACGCCGCAGUGCAGGCGGAGCGCGGCUGGCGGUGACGAGGAGGGCGCUGCUCCUGGCCGCCGCCGCCGUCGUGGGCCCGGCGACGGGGCGCGCCAGGGCGGCGGCGGAGAAGGCCGAGGAGGAGGAAGGGGUGGUCGGGGCCAUCAAGUCGAUCUUUGAUCCGAACGAGCGGACAAAGGCGGGGAAGGUGCUGCCCAAGGCGUACCUGAAGGCGGCGAGGGAGGUGGUGCGGACGCUCCGGGAGUCGCUGGAGGAGGACGACGGCGGCGACGUGGCCAGGUUCCGGAGGGGCGCCGACGCCGCCAAGGAGUCCAUCAGGGAGUUCAUCGGCGGCUGGAGAGGCCAGCAAGCCGUCGCUGCUGAGGAGUCGUACGUUGCGCUGGAGAGGGCCAUCAGAUCACUGGCGGAGUUCUACUCCAAGGCAGGGCCAUUCGCUUCCCUGCCCAAAGAUGUCAGGGACAAGAUCCUCGCCGACCUCAACACUGCAGACGCCUUUCUGUAGAAGCUGUCUGAAAUUUUGUAUCUCCCAAAAAAAAUUCAACUAGUGAUGAUUGCAUUGGAAUCAGCCGUCAUUU